GGCUAAGAACACCCUGUUCCAGAAGCACCACCUGGCUUGUUCCAACCCCUUGCACUGACGGCGCUGGGCUUUGGUCCCGUGUCCUGGUGGGGGACUUUCAGCACAACAUCCCCAGCGCGGCACGGAAGCAAGUCACCAGGACCAAGUCCCAGUAUCAGAUCCUCUAGAUUCCCACCACUCUGGGCAGAAAGAAGCAAUAUUUUCAGUAGCCCUGCCCGCCCCCUCGGGCCCUGACCCUGGAAAUCCUUAGAAAGCUGCCCUGGGGGGCUUGGGGUUCAGGCAGGCUGCUGGGCGCUUCUUCUCUGCCGUCCACUGGCAGGGCACUUUCCGGGAGAUCAUCCACGUCAUAUUGUCAGGGAUCAGACCACGCUUGAGGGAAAGGGGCUAGAGGAGCAUCGCAGGAAAGUCUCUUUUUGCCUAAAAAUUGAGGUGCGAUUGCGGAGUAGCACAGCGAACCUCUCCUGUUUCCUAAAAACUGCCUUGAACCUGAAGGCCUCUCGGAAACCAGUGUUUUGCUCAGUAGCAAUAUUUUGGGUGGAAGGCCUGAAAGUGCUGGAGAUCGAGAAAUGCAAGAGUGACAUCAAAAAGAUGCGGGACGAGCUGGCGGCCAGAAGCAGCAGGACCAGCUGUCCCUGUAGGUACAGUUUUGUGGACAAGAAGCUGAGCCCUCCGCGUGAUGUCCCCACGUACCCCAAGUACCUGCUCUCUCCGGAGACCAUCGAAGCUCUCAGGAAACCCACCUUCGACGUCUGGCUCUGGGAGCCCAACGAGAUGCUGAGCUGCUUGGAGCACAUGUACCAUGACCUGGGCCUGGUCAGAGACUUCUCCAUCAACCCUAUCACGCUCCGGAGGUGGCUGCUCUGCGUGCAGGACAACUACAGGAACAACCCCUUCCACAACUUCCGGCACUGCUUCUGUGUGGCCCAGAUGAUGUACAGCAUGGUCUGGCUCUGCGGGCUCCAGGAGAAGUUUCCCCAAAUGGACAUCUUGAUUCUAAUGACGGCCGCCAUCUGCCACGAUUUGGACCACCCGGGGUACAACAACACGUACCAGAUCAACGCCCGCACGGAGCUGGCCGUCCGCUACAACGACAUCUCGCCCCUGGAGAACCACCACUGCGCCGUGGCCUUUCAAAUCCUCGCCCGGCCCGAGUGCAACAUCUUUGCCAACGUGCCGCCCGACGGGUUCAAGCAGAUCCGACAGGGGAUGAUCACGUUAAUUUUAGCCACUGACAUGGCAAGACACGCAGAAAUUAUGGAUUCUUUCAAAGAAACGAUGGAGAAUUUUGACUACAGCAACGAGGAGCACAUGACCCUUCUGAAGAUGAUUUUGAUCAAAUGCUGCGACAUCUCCAAUGAGGUCCGUCCGAUGGAAGUCGCCGAGCCCUGGGUGGACUGCUUGCUGGAGGAGUACUUCAUGCAGAGCGACCGCGAGAAGUCUGAGGGCCUUCCCGUGGCCCCUUUCAUGGACCGGGACAAAGUGACCAAAGCCACGGCCCAAAUUGGGUUCAUCAAGUUUGUCCUGAUCCCCAUGUUCGAAAUGGUGACCAAGCUCUUCCCUGUGGCGGAGGAACUCAUGCUCCAGCCCCUGUGGGAAUCCAGAGAUCGCUACGAGGAGCUGAAGCAGCUGGACGACGCGGCCAAGGAGAAGACGGAGGGCCUGACGUCCGGGGACACCGACGCACCCAGGGAGGGAAGCCGCGACGGGAGGAAAAGCGCAGAGAGGGCCAUCCUGAAUUGAUAUCUUGUGCUUCCGCAGGCGGAGCCUGAAGAAGGCAUUUCAGUCACGGGUGGCGGUUCUGGACCAGGCCGGCCGAGCCUCGUGGGAGCCAACAGAGCAGGGGCAGCGGACUCUGAGGGCCUGACCCCACAAGACCGUGUUUUCUAAGAACUGUUUUGUUCACUGAUACAAAAAAAAAAAAAAAAAAGGAAAUUCAUGAUGCUGUACAGAAUUUUUAUUUUUAAACUGUCUUUUAAAUAAUAUAUUCUUAUACGGAAA